GUUGUUCAAACAACAGAUCUGGUCGAUGAGUUAUGGCAAGACAGAGCUAGGAGGUGUGCGAUUCAGUUUGGUCAGUGGACACAUGCACAUGAUAUUCCUAUCGGUGAAGAUAUAAUCUAUGCUUUCCACAAUGUGCCUUAUCCCCCCGAAAUGGAUACUAUACUCACACCACACAAAUCUAUGAUACAGUUCCUCAUCAGCCUUCCUUGCCUCGAAGAUAUCCAACAUUUGCCUGUCAGACGUCACCUACAGCAGCAGGGAAUAAAAGUGUCGCUGACUGGGGGUUACACUGUCAAGUAUUGUGGUGAUCUGACCAUGGUUCAGCAAGCACAGGUAGCUCAUUGGAUAUUCAAUAACAUCAAAGACACACAAGAGACUGUGGUGCAAUGCUUAGGCUGUGCAGCAUUUGCUCAUGCACUCAGCAUCAUGCUCACAUACAACAAGCACAGCAUAUUGGAGGCAGAUCCUGACUACCCCAGAGAAGGCACCACAGACAUGCAGGAAGAAUUCAUUCUAAAAGCUGCAUGGAUGACCCUUUUGGAGCAGACCAGCAGAAGCACAGAUGUGACCCACACAGAUGUUGACCUGGAAUGUCUGUUGGCCUUCGAACAGUGCCUGUUCGAAAAUUCAGCUCAGUCAGGCUCCGCAGGAAACCAUCAGUGGGGCCUAGAUGCUGGGAAUCAUCAAGAUGGUUGGGACCCAUAUGCCAGGCUUUCAUUCCAUUGUAACCACGAGGAUCGUGGUGAAGGAGAUCCCGAUUAUGAUGAAAAUGAA